CAGUCGCGCAUCACCAACUUCACUGCUGUAACAGAAAGGAUAUUUGAAGCCAAUGUGCUGUCCAGUCCAUUCUCAAUCAGUCGGUGGGGGCACGUCUGAUUAGAAAUCUACUUUUUAGGGACUGCAUUUGGAAAUUAAAGGUUUACUAUGCAAUUGACCAAAUAGGGGACGUGUAGCUUACUCUUCCCUAUGACCAAUUAUUUAUCUGGACGCGUCCACGAGUUUCCAUAACUACUUCGGACAAGUAGGCGCUCUUUCUUCAUUAUUGUGCAAGAGUCUUUAAACGUGUAUUUUCACUAUUUAUAGAAGGUUUUGCUGGUUUUCUACUAAAAGUCGCUGGCUUUUUCGCAAGGAAAACACUGGAUACACAAGUCGCUACACACCGGGAAUGGAACAAAGGCAUCUGUACCAACAACAGUAGAGACACCAGUGUUGCCGCCUCUCUUCAAAGCAAAAUAACCUAUUCAAUUUGUCAAGGACUUUAAUACACAUUUUGCUUUGGAUAUGUGAACAGACAUCCCGCACAACAAACGACGAAAGCUAAUUUGAACUCGUAUGUUAUGGUUACAUAAUUUGCACAUGCAACUGUAAAUACGUUAGACUCCCUUUAACCACUUUCUUCUAGAAGGAAGAAAAACAUUUUGUCUGAAGCGAUCAAAAUUAUUUGGUUUCCUCUACACAGCAAGGGUUUUGCUACGUUUACUGCACAUUUUGAGUUUCUUGACAAGCAAAGCACUACACCAAAAGCUGGAGUUACCAUACCAUUGUUCUGUUCUGGAGAGCUGACCCCUUUGUCUUCCACUGCCAAGAUGAGUGUGAACAUCUCUCCCGCCCCUGCGCCUACUCGUCCCCUGCGGCUGAAGCGGCUGGAGCUGGAUGACCCCCAGGACUACACUGAGGCCCUAAAAUGCAAGCGUCCUCGACUGAGCCUGCCACCCUCAUCCCCCGGCCUGGCCCCAUGCCUGAGGCCCCUGAGACACAGUCCAGGUCCUGUGGGCGCUGACCACCACUGUGUGUCCUGUAUCGGGCCCUACGUCCUCCUUGAACCCACAGAGGGAACAGAGACUUACAGGGCCGUCCAUAGGGUCACAGAGCAGGAGUACACCUGCAAGGUGUUUUCUAUGAGGCGGUACCAGGAGCUCAUCGCCCCCUACGCCCGCCUACUGCCCCACGACAACAUCUGCCGCAUCGCAGAGGUGGUGAUGGGCGAGCACAGCGUCUACGUCUUCUUUCAGCAUAACUACGGUGACAUGCACUCUUACGUGCGCGCGUGCAAGCGGCUCCAGGAGGAGGAGGCGGUCCGUCUCUUCGGCCAGAUGGCAGCGGCGGUGGCCCACUGUCACGAGCACGGCGUUGUCCUGCGUGACCUCAAGCUGCGCAAGUUUGUCUUCGUGGACCAGCAGAGGACCAAGCUUGUUCUUCAGAACCUGGAAGACUCAUGUCUGCUCCAUGGGGAGGAUGACUCUCUGACGGACAAGCACGGCUGCCCGGCCUACGUGGGCCCCGAGAUCCUCAACUCGCGCCACUCCUACUCAGGGAAGGCUGCCGACGUGUGGAGCCUGGGUGUGGUGCUGUACACCAUGGUGGUGGGACGUUACCCUUUCCAAGACGUGGAGCCUGCUGCGCUCUUCAGUAAGAUCCGCCGGGGGGCAUUCACAGUGCCAGAGUCACUCUCAGUGCAGGCCAAGUCGCUGGUGUGCUGCAUGCUGCGAAAAGCUCCCUCAGAGAGACUGGAGGCCUCGGAGCUGUUGUUCCACCCGUGGCUGAACUGUUCCAACAACACAACACCUCCCAACACGCACCUCAACCCCAGGAACUGCACUGACCAAGUGGUCCCCAGCUACACCGACGACACGUGUUUCUAGAAUAAAAAUGUUAAAUAUCCUCUGUCCUUCAUCGUCCACUUUGUCCUACUGAUGCAAGUACAGCGGCAUAAUCUCCAUAUAGGAAAUACUGGUAAUGCAGUUUUUUUCCCUACCUGAAAUUUUUGGUGACAUUUAAGAAACAUAUCAUAGUCAUAAGGCAUUGCAAAUGUCUAUAACUGCAGUGUUGUUAACCUGCUGUUAGACAUUAGCAUGUAUAUAUGUUGAAGUUGUGCUUUUGAAGAAGUUAUGAACAUGUUGUGCAUGGCCGUCAAUCUGAAGUGUUACCGAAUGUAUAACAUAGUUCUGUGUCAAAGCAUCUGUUGGCAUUGCAGACAACAAAGCAGUAACUACCGUAUACUGUAUCUCCUGGCCAUGUGUACACCUACCUCUGUCGAGGUAGUUGUACACUUGCUGGUCUAGGGUCCAAUGCAGUUAGUCCCACACUGCUGUGAAACAUCAAGAGGUGCUUUUCAAAAGCUACCCAACUAUUGUGCUUUAACCAAUGAAAAUGUUUUGUUGACUCAAUGGGAAGAACAGGUGAAAAGUCUUCAGAUAACAUGCCCAAUAGAAGCAGUCUGUCGAGCUGUAUUCCCCUUCACAAAAAGCAGUAAUUUUACUAUUUUUUUGUUGAGCAACUCCGUUGGGAACACUAAAUCAAAGAUCUAUAUCUGACCGGAUUGAUACCUGAUACCUCCGAACUUGACAAAAUCCUGGAAUACUUGAUGCACGUUUUGUGCCUUUUUAUGUAGGCCUACUGUUUAUAUAUUUCAGUGACCGAUGGAUCCUACCAACCAUUGAAGUGCCUUGUUUUCAUAACCACAGUUUAUGUUUAGUCCCCCUCCCUAUAUCCCUAUCAGAAGUUGAGUUUUGCUUUACCAAAGACUAAUGCUGCAUUCAUAACCAAGUGGGAAGGUGGUAUUUACCACAUACGACUGGGAAAGUCCACUUGAACGCCCCUCCAACUGGUAAUUACUAGUGGGAAACUCGUCUAUCAUCCCUGACUUCUCUUACAUGCUGAUCUGAGGUCACCUACUAAGGAAAUUUCAGCAGUUAAAUGCAACAAAACAUUUAUAAAAAGCAAUCUAUUAAUAUGGUUUUUGAACACAUUGUUCACAAGCAUGAUAGCUGUGCUUUUAGUUGUUGACAACUUGUUGGCCAUUACCCAACUCGGCAUUCUCAACAAGUUUAAAGCAUCAAUGCAUCCAACUGGUAUUUACGACUUGACAACUGGUCAACUGGUCCUUACCACCUUCCCACUUGGUUAUGAACGCAGCACUAGGCUACCCUCAAUCAUCACUUGUGGUGUGCUGAUAGUUUGUCAUCUGUGAUUCAGUGAUCGUUCGCCUCGGUCACAGGGUUUGUAUGUUUUCUGACAAACGUAUGAUGUCAGAGUUAGCAUGGUGUCCUAGAUCCCUAGACAAGUGUAGUCAUUACCUCAGGCGUGAGUUAAUGUCUGUAGAAGUAUAUAGUGCAGUGGGUUAGAUCCUGAAGAAUACAGUGCUGUAGUGUACUUUAAACAUCUUGAAAACCCAUGUAAUGGUGAAACUGUGUUAGUAUCUGUUGACCUGAAGAAACAAAGGCAUCACAUACAUUACACAGUACUGUGUGUUAGUUGUGAUGCCUGCAUGCAGUUCGCUGACCCUAAAUAGAUCUAAGAUCCUACACUAAGCCACAGCUCUUAUUGUGACUUUGUAAAUACUCUUUUUGUAAGAAAAGUACACACUUUUUCUGAUGUUUGUUUGGUGGAUGUACUUUUGUGAACAAGUAUUUGUUGCCAGUAAAAAUAAAUCCUUGAACUGA